AUGAUCGAAUCGUUCCGGCUAUCUGCAGCAGCAAAGAAGAUGAACGGUUUAGAAAAAAUUAAACAAAUGCCAGGUGGAAAGUUGUAUGAUGAGUCAAUGUUUGUAGAUGGAUUGGAUGCAUUUGAGCUGUUCUCCAAGCAACAUGGUUACACAUACGAUGAUUUGAUCAUGUUGCCAGGACACAUUAGUUUUGGUGCCGAUGACGUCGGACUCAAGUCGCGUCUCACCAAAAACAUCGCACUCAACAUCCCACUCGUGUCGUCGCCAAUGGACACAGUCACCGAGCACACCAUGGCCAUCAACAUGGCAUUGCUCGGUGGUAUGGGUAUCAUCCACUACAACAACACGAUCGAAGAGCAAGUCACCGAGGUCAAGCGUGUCAAACGUUUCAAGAAUGGCUUCAUCACCGAUCCCAUCGUCCUGUCACCCAAACACAAACUGUCCGACGUAGACAAUAUCAAGGCCAAGUUUGGGUUCUCGGGUAUUCCUAUUACCGAGGAAGGUCGUAUUGGAUCCAAGCUCGUCGGUAUCGUCACAUCGCGUGACACUGAUUUUAUCAAGGAUCGUUCGACCGCGUUGGCUGAUAUCAUGACCACCGAUCUCGUGACCGCACCCGCCAAUUGCACUUUGGAGGAAGCCAAUACCAUCAUGAAGACAUGCAAGAAGGGUAAGCUGCCCAUUGUCAAUGACAGGGGUGAGUUGGUUGCUUUGGCAUCGCGUGACGAUCUCCUCAAGAAUCGUGAUUUCCCUCAAGCCACCAAAGACUCUGAGAACAAGCGUCUCCUCGUCGGUGCAGCCUUGGGUACCCGUGAACAGGACAAGUUGCGUCUAGCUGCCUUGAACGAGGUCGGUGUCGACGUUGUCAUCCUCGACUCGUCGCAAGGUGACAGCACAUACCAACGCGACAUGAUCCACUGGAUCAAGCGUACCUACCCACGUAUCGACGUCAUCGGUGGCAACGUCGUCACCUGCAAGCAGAGUGAGUCACUUAUCGCAGCCGGUGUCGAUGGUCUCCGUGUCGGUAUGGGUGUCGGCUCGAUCUGCACCACGCAAGAGGUUAUGGCAUGCGGUCGUCCCCAAGCUACCGCUGUCUUUAAAACCGGUCUCUACGCAUCGCAGUACGGCGUACCCAUCAUUGCCGACGGCGGUAUCCGAUCGAUUGGCCAUAUCAUCAAGGCACUCUCACUCGGUGCAUCGGCUGUUAUGAUGGGCUCGAUGCUCGCCGGUACCGAAGAAGCACCCGGAGAAUACUUUUACAAGGACGGUAUGCGUCUCAAGAAAUACCGUGGUAUGGGUUCCCUUGAAGCCAUGCAAAAGGGUGGUGACCAACGUUACUUUAGCGAGGGUGACAAGAUCAAGGUUGCCCAAGGUGUCAGCGGCAGUGUCGUCGACAAGGGCACUAUCCGCAAGUUUGUACCCUAUCUCGUACAAGGUAUCAAGCACGGUCUCCAAGAUAUCGGUUCACCAAGUGUCAAACAACUUCGUGAAGAUGUAUACAACGGCAAGGUUAGAUUUGAAAUUAGAACUGCUGCCGCUCAAGUUGAAGGAAGUGUACAUUCCCUUUUCUCUUAUGAAAAACAUUUUAUUUGUAUUUCUAAAAUGUCAGAGAACAUUUGGUAUUAUCUAAAGACCGAAUGCUAUGUACAAUCUGAACAAAAGGAUCUAAAACCUCCUCUAUCCAUCUUUGCUGGUGACUUGGAGGAAGUAGGUGGCCACCCUAACGAUCGUCCAAUUAUACAAUCAUCGUACUUUAAUUCAUCAGAGUAUAGUCUGUACAGUAAUGGUGGUGGUAGUAGUCAAUCAACUGACACUACCUAUUCAACCUAUGGUGUAAAGAUUGAUAGUAUCUAUGGUAGUGACAACCACCAACAGCAGCAGCAGCAGUCUUCUGCAACCACUACUCUGAGUCCAAAUACUAAUAGCUAUGAAAAUGCAUCAACAUCUAAUUCAAGUGUAUACUCUGCCUACAUGAAUGAUAGUACUGGAGAGUUAAAUAGUGGUUUAUCAGCAAGUAAUGCUUCUACAACUGAUUUCUCAUCAUAUAGUUAUGAGAAUGCAAACAACAACAAAUCACCACCAUCUGCAAAGACAAUGACAAUGACACCAUCUUCGAAUAAUGUCCGUGUCAGUUCUUAUUCAUCAGAGUAUGAGUUAAGUAGAAAUGUGGCAUUGUCUGGAAGUGGAGGAGGAGGAGGAGGAUCUAUAUAUGGUAGUGCCUAUUCUUCCUAUCAAGACCUUGGUUCUUCUUCAGGUGGAUUAGAUGAAUCAAUGAGAUCAAUCUCUGCAGAUAUUCAAGAGAAACAAACCAACAACAAAACAACAUUACCAUGGAAUGAAUCUUUCCAGGAGCUUUUAGAUAAACCUGUCAAUUCAUUGGACGAAGAAAAGAAUAGAAAUACCUCUAUUUCAUUAUUCUCUACGCAUCUUGCAAACACAGCCAUGAAAUACUGUAAAUCACUUGUUCAAGAAGUUCACAUGCAUCCUGACCAUAAAUCAAUCAAACCCAUGGAUGUUGGUGGUUUCGCUGGAGGAGAAAAGUAUAAAAUUGAUAAUAUGUUUAUUAAAUUUGCUCUUAAUCCACAUUCAAUUUAUGAAAAAGGUAAUCCAGUAUCCUAUUUUGCAAAUAAAGCAGCUGGUCAUGAAUUAAAAUCAAUUAAUGCAUUAGUUGGAUGUGGAAUACCAAAUUUACAUUUUCCAUUAAUGUGUUUAUUAAAUUAUCGUGGCUAUCGUUUGAUUGUCAUUUCAGAACUACCCAUUUCAUCUACUACCAUGGUAUUUGGUAGUGCCAAUGCUGGUGUAACCAUUCAUGAAAAUGAUACUGUUAGAAUGAUGAUGGUAAAGAUUGGUGAGAUACUAAAUCUCAAAGAGCAUUUGGUUGAAGAGAAUCUUAGUUCACCAACACGAACGGGAAAGAUGUAUAGCAUCCCAUUGGCUAUCGAUAUUGAGGGCCAUUUUGGAUACGAUGGUCGGUACUAUUUAGUUGAUAGUGCUAGGCUUUUCCCACCCGAGACACCCAUUCCAGGUCUCACUGGUGGGCAUUUAUACCGUCUCUUUAGAGCAGAGUUUGUCAAGCGAUACGAAACACAACUUUGUGCAGACUCUUUUGUCAACUUUAAUGUGGUUGAUCAGGCACCAUUCAACGAAGAGGUUACAAAGGCAAACAACUACCUCAUUCAAGAAUAUAUCCCACGAUUUGUCAAAGAUAGAUUCAUUUCUACCCUAGAGGUCCAUUCAAAAGACCUGAAAGAACAUUUACAUAGAGAAGGUAUUAAUCUCAGAUACUUGGGUCUCUUGUUACAUCAUGUGAUUGAAGUUUCACAAACCAGCGACUCGUCGUCUCAAAACAACAAGAACAACAACAAGUUGAUAAAGAUCCUAGUCAUCGAAAUGUUGUCACGUGUUAUGCGAUUUAUAGUGUAUACAGAGAUGCGUCAAGUCAACUCACCUCAAGAUGAAGCUCAUCUUCAAAUUGCAGUCGAUCAUUUAAACAAACUGUUUGCUUCAAAUAAUGGACAAGAAUCGUCGUAUUGGUCACGUUUCCUUUGUAAUGCAUUGAUCGCAAAGUAUGCAUACACAUGUUCAACCAUUUCAAGUGUUGAAAAGUUGGUUCAAGCAUUAUUUAAAAAGAGUAAUGGUUUAUCAAUUUAUUUUAACGACUUGAAUGACAAGAGCAACAACAACUCCAUGCCAUACAAACUAUUGAAAAAGUUUUCACAAUUGACAGGUCUAACAAUCGAUGGUUCAGUUUUGGAAUCAUUUAAAUCUACUUUACCUCUUCCAAUAUUAAAAGUUUCUGAUAUUAAAGAGAUUCAAGUUAUUGUAAAACAUAUGAAAGUAUCAUCAUCAUUUAAAACAUUUGAAAAUUUUGCAGAUGCUGAAGCAUACUAUAUCAAAGAAUUGGAAUUUAAAACAACAAAAUUGGGUAAAGAUCAUGUUCAAGUUGCUUUGACUCAUAUCCAUGUUGCCGAACUUUAUGAGACCUAUUCUAAUUUAAUUAAGGCCCAAGACCACUACAAGGUUGCUAUCUCUGUGUACAUUAAUAGAUUUGGAGAAGACGAUGUUGGAACAGCAAACUUUAAGGAAAAAUUGGCCCUUUGUCUCAUUAAAAGUAAAUCUUAUUCUGAAUCUACAAAAUUAUUAGAACAUAUAGAGGUAGCAGAUACAUAUGAUAAUUUAGCAUGGUCAUUACAAUCUCAAGGAAAAUUUGAAGAAUCAAAGAGUCAUUACAACAAAGCAUUACAGAUUAAAUCGAGUAAAGGUGGUAAUUCUCUAACCAUUGCAAGAACUCUAAACAAUCUUGCUCAUUUGUAUUUAACCUAUGGACAUUUGGACAAGAGUUUAGAAAUUUUCCACAAGGUUUUGGAUAUAUUUAAAAAGCAGUAUGGUAUGGAUGGACAAGAUGUAGCAGUUACCCUUGACAAUGUUGGAUUGGUCUAUUCAAGAAAAAAGAAUUAUACAAUGGCUGAAAAGUACUUUAAUGAUACUCUUCAAAUUAGAAUCAAACAAUUUGGUGAAAACAGUCGUUAUGUAUCAUUGGUUCAAGAUCAUCUAGCCCAACUCUACACUCAAUGGGGUCGUUCCAAACAUGUUUUGGCAAAACAAUUAUUUGAAUCUAGUAUUUCAAUUGCCGAUCAAUUCCCAGAUUUUUAUCUAAGAGUAUUUUUAAGAUAUAAUUUUAGUAAAUUAUAUAAAAAAAAAGGAGAUAAAACAAAUGAAGGAAUUUAUUUAAAGAUGGCAUUGGAAAUGAUUGAGAGUAAUAAUAUUACAACAGAUUUGACAGAAAAGAUUCGUUCAAGACUGAAUAGUCUUAAAAAGACUGGUUUCUCGAGAUUCAAGGAUUGGUUUGCUCCCCCCAAAUCAAAAGACACCAACAAAAACAAUAUACAAGUUUCUCAACUUGUAGGUGGACGUAUGGACAUGCCUACAACCAAUCAAGUAUCAACCCUUGUUGAAAUCCCACCUGAAUGGGAAAGUAUUCUUCACGAAGUAGGUCUGUCCGCUGAGGAGGCUUUGAACGACCCAACCUACAACCAAAUGAUCCGUGACUUUAUCAAUGAACAAUUUAUGGUUGAAAAUGUUAGUCAAAAGGAAAAGGCAAUCGCUUCACCACGAACAUUAAAAUCAAAUGUUUCUUUUGGAGCUGAUUUUAAAAGAGAUGGAGUUGCAACGCAAUCAUUCACAAACCUCGAUUCUCUAACUUCCAUCAUGUCAUCAAAGAAUAGUCUAGUUGAGGAACCCACACAAUCCUCUCGUCCAACAGACAACAUGGUCUUUAGAAGUAAUGAAAUGGAUGAAGACGAGGAGGAUAAAUUAUAUGAAAUCUUCCAUCAAGAAUUAAAACAAGAGUUGGAAAUAAUCAAAGAAGACAUGGGAAAAGAAAUCACCUCUUUUUUAAAGUCUGACGGUUUAUCGUCGAUGAUGCAAGAGGAAAGAUUUGCUCUUUCCUUGGACGACAAUAUUGAAAGUGAAGAGUUGGAUCUAAAGAAAAUGAAACAGAAAAAACCACUAAAAAAGAGCAAGGACAAACCAAUGAAAAAGCAACAAGAAGAAGAAAAGAAGAAGAAGCCAAUGGCACCUGCACCUGCCCCUGUUGUUGCCUCACCAAAAGGAGCUCCACCACCUCCACCACCAGGAGGACGAGGUGAACCACCACCACCUCCAGCAGUUGGGGGAGGAGGAGGAGGAAGAGGCGGUGAUGAUCUUAGAAAAAGAGAAAGAAAAAGUUCUCCACCUCCUAGUCCACCAUCCAAUCUUUUCGUAUCAUCCUCAACAACCCUAUCACCAUCCUCAUCCUCAUCGUCAACAUCGUCAUCAUCGGUUGUUAGAAGCUUUGCUUCUGCUCCACUACGUCUAUCAGCAGCGCCACCACCACCCUCAGCAGCGGCUGGUGAUCAGCAAUCAAUGCCACCACCCGCACCACAAGCAUUAUUCCAGCCACCACCCCCUGCAGCAGCAGCAUCAUUCGAAUCACCACCAGCUCCACCACCAGUACUACUUUUCGCCCCACCUGCACCAAUUACCAGAGCUCCAACGCCACCAUUUGAAGAAGAACAGAAAGGUGCCCCUCCCCCAGCACCAGCUCAAUCCUUGUCAUUUGGUGGACUACCACGUCCCUCUGUUUUCGCACCAGCCCCCAAACCCAUUUCUGCGCCAAGUAAACAAGAUCAAGCUGCAUUAUCUAAAUCUCGUCCAACCCCAGCAGGAGCUCCUGCUCCCCGUCCAUCUACGACUCAACAAUCUGCUCCAUCCACUCGGCCAACUAUUCAACCAACUAUUCAACCAACCGUUCAAACAACUGUUCAGCCAACCGUUCAACCAACUGUUCAACCAAUUAUUCAACCAACUGUCCAACCAAUCUUUAAUGAAACCAAACCAUCAAGAGAAGGAAUGGAAAGAAUGGUGGAACUUUUCGACGACGACGACGAAAAUACACAACAACCACAGCAACAAGAACAACCGACUGUCAAUUGGCCAUCAUUGCAAACUCAACAAAUGGACAAGAACAGAAUUGUAGAAAUGCUAAGAGAAAGAAUGAAACAACAAAAAGGGAAAUAA